GCUCCGCGGCCGGGUGGGUCGGGGCGUUCGGCGCGCCCUUCACUGAAGCGGCAGUGGCCGGGCUGGGAGAAGGGAGUGGGAAACGACGGCGUGGCUGGAAAAUGCCGGUCCAUUCCCGAGGGGAUAAGAAGGAGACGAAUCAUCACGAUGAGAUGGAGGUGGACUACGCGGAGAACGAGGGGAGCAGUUCCGAAGACGAGGACACCGAGAGCUCGUCGGUCUCGGAGGAUGGGGACAGCUCAGAAAUGGACGAUGAAGAUUGUGAGAGGAGACGGAUGGAGUGUUUAGAUGAGAUGUCUAACCUUGAGAAGCAGUUUACAGAUCUCAAGGAUCAACUUUAUAAAGAGCGGUUGAGUCAGGUGGAUGCAAAACUCCAAGAAGUCAUAGCUGGAAAAGCAGCAGAGUAUUUGGAACCACUGGCAACCUUACAAGAAAACAUGCAGAUUCGCACAAAGGUAGCAGGAAUCUAUAGAGAACUCUGCUUAGAGUCCGUGAAGAACAAGUAUGAAUGUGAAAUCCAGGCUUCUCGCCAGCAUUGUGAGAGUGAAAAGCUUUUGUUAUAUGACACAGUCCAGAGUGAGCUUGAGGAGAAGAUCAGAAGGCUUGAGGAGGACAGGCACAGCAUCGACAUUACCUCAGAACUGUGGAAUGAUGAGCUUCAGUCAAGAAAAAAGAGGAAGGAUCCUUUCAGCCCUGACAAAAAGAAGCCGGUCGUUGUCUCAGGCCCAUAUAUAGUUUAUAUGCUGCAGGAUCUCGACAUUCUUGAGGACUGGACAACAAUCAGGAAGGCAAUGGCUACAUUGGGUCCACACCGAGUUAAAACAGAACCACCUGUGAAACUGGAAAAACAUCUGCACAGUGCUAGAUCUGAAGAGGGAAGACUGUAUUAUGAUGGUGAAUGGUAUAUACGUGGACAAACAAUAUGUAUUGAUAAAAAAGAUGAGUGUCCCACAAGUGCUGUAAUUACAACAAUUAACCAUGAUGAAGUUUGGUUUAAGAGGCCUGAUGGAAGCAAAUCUAAGCUUUACAUCUCACAGCUACAGAAAGGAAAAUAUUCAAUUAAACAUUCGUAAUCACGAUUUAAGUGUUACUCACAUCUACCUUAUUAGUGUUACCAAGUGUAAUGUGCCAUGGGAGCCAAGAAAAUGUAUUCAGCAGCUUAAUAUUUUCAUCCAGUCAUGAGAGAAUGUGUCUUCUAGGUAGUACUCUAAGUAGACCCCAUAUUAGUAAGUCAUUAAGAGAAAUAAUGAUACAAUGUAAUCA